AUGAAUAAAUGGGUAGAAAAGUGGCUAAAGGUGUACUUGAAAUGUUAUAUCAACUUGAUCCUCUUUCAUAGAAACGUGUAUCCACCUCAAUCAUUCGAUUUCACCACAUUUCAGUCAUUCAACUUGCCACAGUACGUCCCAAUUAAUAGACAUCCCGCGUUGAUCGAUUACAUCGAAGAGCUUAUACUGGAUACCCUCUCUAAACUGACGCACAUAUAUAGGUUUUCUGUUUGUAUCAUUAAUAAGCAAAACGAUUUAUGCAUCGAAAAGUAUGUCUUAGAUUUUGGUGAACUUCAACAUGUGAAUAAAAAUGACCAGGUCAUUACGGAAACUGAAGUAUUUGACGAAUUUAGGUCUUCCUUAAACAGUCUGAUUUUACAUUUAGAAAAAUUGCCUAAAAUCAACGAUGAUUCAGUAACAUUUGAAGUGGCUAUUAAUGCCGUAGAACUGGAAUUAGGACAUAAGUUAGACACAAGAAAAAAGGUUGAUAAUUUAGAAGAAAAACUAGAAGUCGAAAGAGAUUCAAAUUGGGUGAAAUGCCAGGAGGACGCAAACUUACCUGAUGAAGAUAUCAGUGAUUUUCAACAUCCCAAAAUAAAAUUAUUUUCUUUAAUCGGGUGUGAUGUGGGACCCUUAAUCAUUCAUCAGUUUAGUGAAAAAUUAAUCAGCAGUGGUAAUGACAAAAUCUUGGAUGGAGUGUAUUCACAAUACGAAGAGGGCGAAAGUAUCUUUGGAUCCAUAUCCUAA